GCAGGUUGCGGAGGUGGCCACCGCCGCCGUGAAGGAGUUCGACACCAUGAGGCUCAUGUACCCCGAGUGGAGCGAGAAGUGGGCCGCCGCCGAGCGCGCCCUGCAGCUCGACCUCGAGCGCGCCAGCGAGAGGCUGGAGGCGGCCGGGCUGCCCGGCUCGAGGGCGUUCGGCGGACCAAGGGACCUGCACAGCGCCGCCAUCCACGGUGCCCGCGACCUGGGGGCGUCUGCGCUGCGCUCUCGGGAGUUCCGCAGCCGGACCCUCGGGGCGGCGGCGGAGGUGGAGAUGGAGGCCCGCGUCAGCUCGAGCUCGUCGGCGGCGGCUGAGCCGCGCCGGCCCGCCGCCGCCGCCUCUGCGUAGUGCGGGUGCCCCGGCCUCGGAGCUCUGACGUCGCGAAAGGUACGCGCCAGCGUCAGAAAUCACGACGGGGACUCGGAGGAGGAACAGGUAUACACAUACCACUACCCCUGCCUCGAUGUCAUCCUUUUGGACCUCCUGGGAGGCUCUCGUCGCCACCGCUGGAUUCG